AUGGCAUCGUUUCGUGCCAUGACUCCCAGUCCUCCGAGCAAGGCUCAGGAUGCUGGGGGUCGAGGCUCCGCAAAGCGACCGUCUGAUGCUUCUUUCGCCAACAACAAGCGCCAAGCUUUGUCGAAUCGGACGAACCACGUUGCUCCGUCGGCAGUCUGCUCGCCAUCCCAAGAUCAGACACGUAAGAAGACCCGAGGAUCGAGCCACUCGCGGUCGGCUAAGAAGCGUCACGGUUCGGCUGCAGCUGCAGCGACUGCUGCAUGCACCAGAGUCACACGAUCGACGUCGCAGCAAGCGUCGCAAGCUGUCGCACGGAAGCAGCAUACGGUCGUCACCAUAUCUGCGUCUCAUGGCGACCAGGUCCAGUUGCUGCAACCGUCGCAUCAGCAGCAUCAUCAUCAGCAGCAUCAUCAGCAUCAGCAUCAGCAUCAGCAGUCGGAACGUAGUCAUUGUAGCGGUGGAAGACUCCCUGAUCUCCGGGAUCUUCCUGCGCCAAUCGCGUGUCCCACUUCUCCAGCUCGCGCUCGCGCGGUCGCCGCGUCAGGCGCAGCGGAGCUAGCAGGCGCUUCCGCAACCUCCGGAGGAGCCAUUGCCGGGCAUCCCCACCCCCAGGAUGGGCCAUGGCUCCGAGUUGACGCGAAGUCAUCAUGCCCCGGAAUGCCUGCCGUGAAUGACGGGGGUUUGCUAUUCCCGGAGUUGCAUGCUUCCGGAUCCGCAGCAGCGGCGUUUGCGUUCACACAAGCGCAAGCGCAACCGCAACACCGGCAUCCGCACAAUCAUGCGCACGCGCCAGCGCGAGCGCCAGGGGAAGAGCACCUUCAUUGGCGCGCGCACGAGCAGGCGUACUUGGCGGAAGCUGCGCUGCUCUCUACUGAGGCAAGCAUCGGCGGAUCGGCGGAGAGGCACCAGGCGCGGUACGGGGAACAGGCGGAGACAGCAGGGGGAAGCGCGAACGGUUUCGUGUCAGUUCCGGUGUUCAACGGCCUCUCGCAUGGGCAUGGCUAUAGCCAUUUCACGGCGCACGUUCCGCUGCAUAGCGCUGUUGCUGCGACGGACAGAUCGACUGGCUUCAGUGAUUCCGCUGUACCAGUGACGACGGCAGAAGCAGCGGCUGCGUCGACGGCGAUGGCGGCGGCAGAAGCGGCGUUACACCACCCCGUUCCGUUUUCCGCCGUGCCUUGCGCCGCCAUUCCCGCGAGUUCCAACGCGGCUGUCCCGCCGACGACGACUCUUACGCUUCUCCUACCCAGCAGCAGCAGCGGUGGCGGCAGCGCGGGGAGCGUGGGUGGCGCGGGGGACGUAAUGGGAAGUGCGGAGCAGGCGCAGGCGCAAGCGAGCGCGGCGGCAAUGGAUUCCAUCAACCGGAAGACGGAGCGGGUGCUGUGUAUUUCCAGCGUCGUUUCCGGGAGAGACGGGGAGCGCCAGGGCGACAUGGAAGGGGCCUUGACAGAGGGUCCGCGGGAGGGGACGUCGGCGGAAGCGCGCCUGGCGGAAACGGCGCAUCCGUCCGUUUCCGCCAACAGCAGUCAGUGGGCGCAAGUGGUGGAGAUCCGUGAUGCUGACGUGCAGGCGGAGGCGCCGCAAGUGGCGGGUGUUGGCGCGCCGGACGCGGGCGCGGGGGUUGAUGCGGCGAAGGUCAGGAAUAUCGACUCGGCGCACGGGGAUCCGCAGAUGUGCACCAAGUAUGCCGCGGAGAUCUACGCGAACAUGAGAGACGGCGAGCGGCGGCACCGACCCACAAUGGCGCUGGAGGAGGGGAGGGGGGGCGACAUAAGCGCGGCGAUGCGGGGCAUUCUGAUGGACUGGCUGGUGGAGGUGGCGGAGGAGUACAAGCUCGUGCCCGACACGCUCUUCCUCACCGCCGCCUACAUCGACCGCUUCCUCUCCCACGCCACCGUCACCCGCAACCACCUGCAGCUCCUCGGCAUCGCCUCCAUGCUCAUCGCCUCCAAGUACGAGGAGAUAUACGCGCCGCAGGUGGACGAGUUCUGCUACAUCACGGACAACACGUACCGCCGCCACGAGGUGCUGCUCAUGGAGCGCCACGUGCUCGCCGUGCUGCACUUCGACCUCAGCACGCCCACCGUCAAGAGCUUCCUCAGGCGCUUCAUCAAAGCUGCUCAAGCCACUCUUCCGAGUCCCCAGCACCACCUGGAGUUCCUGGGCAACUACUUUGCAGAGCUCACACUCGUUGACUACCCCUGCCUGCGCUUCCUCCCCUCGCAAAUCGCUGCGGCAGCCGUCUUCCUUGCCAAGCUCACGCUCUACCCGGCCCUUCCACCCUGGGAUGCAACACUGCAGCACUAUACGGGGUAUGCGCCCUCCCAGCUCAAGGAGGCGGUGAUGGCACUCUAUGACUUGCAGCGCAACGUCAAAGGCUGCACGCUCCCUGCCAUUCGGGAGAAAUACCGCCAGCCUAAGGUGCUCAUUCAUUCAUCACCACAAGCUAGUCCCCACUCUCACCCUUGCACUACCUUCCCUCCCACAAUCAUCCCACCUCCCCCCCUCUCUCUCUACCGCACCCUCGUCUCCAUUCUGCCUGUUGAUGUGUGGUUCACAGAUCUCACAGCAUGUAUCUUUGUCUCUUUGUCCUCCUUCCAAUCACUCUUGUGCCUGCAGUUCCAAGGCGUGGCUCUGCUGCCACCCCCAGCAGAUAUCCCCGACCAUCUUUUCCUGGACUCGUAG